AUGUCAGAAAUAAAGUAUAAAAAUCAAAUAUUGGCAGCUAUUGAUCACUUGCGCGCCAGAAAGUCACGUCCAGAUGCGAACAGAAUUUGUAAAUUUAUGUUGAAGUGCUAUAAAGUACAACCAAAGGACACAAAAGCAGAUCUAAAGCGCUGCCUUAAAGAGAAAAGUAUAUAUAAAGUAGAUUAUAAAGAUAAUGUGAGCUACAGGAACGCUGCUAAGUGGAGAAAGAAAUCAAAAAACAACACCAUGUCUGCUGCAAUUGCAACAAGUGAACGCCGAAUUAUAACAUCGGCUAUAGCAACACUUAUCUACCAAGAUCAAAGUUAUUUAGAAAAUGGAAUUGCCUUUGAUGACCUUAUAAAAGCUGCUUCUGAUCAGGAAUCAAAGUACUCCAAAAAACAAUUGGAGAAUAUUGUAAACAAAGAAUUAAGCUCUGGUAGUUUAGUGAAAUUACCAAAUGGUAAUUUAGCUUUGGGACCAGCAGACCAUGAUGUAGAUAGCUCUGAUAGUUUUAGAUUUGAGAGUAAUGCAGAUUCCAAUACGAAAAUGACGUCCUCAGCUAAUUCUUCAUGCAGAUCAUCUCCACAAAGAACUAGAGGACGGCCUAAAAAACGUGGUGGAGGUGUUUCUGGUGGGCAUAGUAAUAAUACAACUCGCAGCACUGCAGUACGUGUAGGAGAACGACGAAAAAUGGCAAAAAAAGUAUUUGAUCCAUCAGAUAACAAUGUGCCGAGCAAAAGAAAAAGGGGUCGUCCUGUGGGGUCCUUGAACAAGAGCACAAUAAAAAAAAGAUUGAUGGUGGCUGGACAUAUUAAGGAUGAUGCACCAUUAUCAGAAAGCCAAUUUUCUUUGGAUGGAAGUGGUGAUGAAAUAGACCAGGAAGAUUCUUUGCCGCAUGAAGAAUCAGGUGGAGUUUGCUCAGUUUGCCUUGUACAAAAACCACGAGGAUCAAAUGAUAGACUUGUUGAAUGCCGUGAUUGCAGCAACAAAGCUCAUAUAAGCUGUUUGCAAUCAGGUUCCAAUAUUUUAAAACCAAGGCCUGACAACACAUGGCAAUGUCCUCAUUGUAAAACAUGUGUAAUAUGCUGUGAAACUAAUGAUGCUGGUGUUCUCACUGUCUGCAGUGUUUGCUCUGAUGCUUAUCAUGCACUUUGCCAUGCACCUCAGAUACCAGAUAGAUUGAAAGCUUGGGAUCAAUGGGAAUGCAAUAAUUGCCUUGAAUCUCGACCAACUGUGAUAGGGUCACCCGCCAUAAUACCCAGAAGCUUUGACUACAGUGGACAAAAUUCACCAAAUGUUGAUCCUUUCUUGAAGCCACAUGAACUAGAUAGAGCACCAUCCAAAUUAUCUAUGGAUACACCAAUAGAUCCAAGCAUACCUGACAUAACACACUGGAAUACCGAUGAUGUUUUUGAGUACUUUUCAAAGCAUCAUCCUGAAGCUGCCCCUAUUCUCAGAGAUCAGGAAUUUGAUGGCCAAGCUUUAAGUAUGGCAUGUCGUGCUGACAUUGUAAGGGGUCUGGGGUUACCUCUUGGACCUGCCCUGGCAUUAUAUCGUAUUGUGGUGAAACUACAAACAAGGAAGGAUGAUUGGACAAUGUGUUGGGGCUAAAAUUAAAAUAGAGAAGUACCUAGAACAUUCAUAAAUAAGAUUUAUUAUAAAUUUAUAAUAUAAAUAUGAAAUCGAUACACAAACUUUACCUUUAUUUUCAUUCUAUAUUAUGUAGCAUGUGCAUAUUACGAAGCUAGUGGUAAGGUAAAUAGUAUUGAUUUUUAUUAACAACCAAUAAAAAUUAUAACAUAAAAUUAUUUGGUUUCAUUUAGAACCAAUAAUUAAUUUAUUAAUAUAUCGCACAACAUACGGUGCAUGAAACGUUGGCAAAUUCAACAUCUUAUUAUAUAAUUUUUAUAUAGUUCUGUUAGGCUAUCGAAAUAAAAUGAACUACAAACUUCAUCAGUAAAAGCAGACCUCUCUCGUCUCACUAAUAAUUUAAAAAAUGUAUUUUCUCAUACUCAAUUCAGUGUUAACAAAAAUUGCUUAAGUGACUUUAUAGCACCAUAUGUGUGAUAUACUAACACUUUUCACAAUGACACUAGGGAAUUGUACAUGUUAGUGUAGAAAAUUUUUUAACCACUUCAAUAAAUUGCAUAAAUACAUUUUUGUGAAGCACAAAAUCAAUACAAACAACAAAAUAUAAUUCAUAAAGUCAGAUGGCUGCACCAAUGUGACUACAUAUUCCUGCUGAGCUAAUAAUUGAUUGCAAAUCAAAUUUGCAUAAUUUUCAAUUAAAUAGAUGUACCUUAUGCUGUGAUAGCUAUUUACAGAAGCUUCAUAUCUUACAUCAGUCCUUUUAAGGAUUAAUAUUCAGUUUUUGUUUCUAUUAAAAACUAGAAAUAUAGAUUACUCUCUAUUAUAAUUAAAAAUGAAACAACAUAUAAAUAUUACAAUGAAAAAUCACAUAAUUACCCGUUUACCAUAAUACUAAGAAAGUUUUUCUCAUUCCAAAUGUUGAUCAUAAUGUUUCAUGUAUGACAUAAAUACAUUAAAUACCAUUGUUGCAAGAUUUACAUACACAACUCGGUAUUGUGUUGGUAAGUAAUAAAAGUUAAUAUAUUGAACUGGAG